AUCGAAUUUAUUACACAGUGACAAUUAAACUAUAUAAUCAUCAUUCUCGAUAAAUUUUGCUUGCGGUCUGGCUGUUUUUUUUGCUCAUAAAAUUCGUCUGACUGAACAUAAAAUGCUCGCAGUUAUUCAGACGGAAUCCAAAUUAUCCGGAUGAAUAUUAGUUUGGCUCACCCAACCAUGGACGUUUUGAACGAAGAUUGGUUGCCUCAAGUUGCCAUACCCGAUGGCCGCAAAGUUUUGUCAUCGCCAUUUGGCGAUUUACAUGCAGAGACAAGUCCGAACAAAAGGCCGAGAUCAAACCAGAAACUGUUUAAGAGUUCUCUCACUAACUUUUCAGCGCUCAAAGGCGAUAUUUCAAUUAACUCAACGAGGUCUGAACCGUACUCAAUCACGCUUAGAUGUGAGAAUAUCGACGAUAGUAACUAUUUUUUGACUUCUAAUUUAAGCCAACAGUUUCAUCAGCAUUCAACUGGAACGAUGACCAGUCAAGAUAUGUUCAGACCGCAGUGGUUAAACGAGAGUCACGUCACUGCAAUUUCAAGGAGCAAAUCGUUUUCUCACGUCCAGCCAAAAACUGCCCCAUCUUUCAGUUUCUCCAGACAUGUCCAAACUCCGAAGCUUUACUUCGACUCGAAAUAUUCUCGGAUGUACACGAAGCUGGUGAGCCAGAAGCUUGUUUUAGUGAGCCAUCCUUAUGAUCUUCCGUUCAGUGAUAAGACGACAGACAAAAUGGGCAAUAUGAAAUCGCCCUUUGAGCUGCACUCAGAUUUGAACUCUCACAGAAAUGUAUCUUUACCAGGACCGACACAGCAAUGGAAAACCGAGUCAAGAUUUGAUAAAGUCGAAUAUCUGCAGCAUUCAGAUUGGCUAAGAAGCAGCCGCAUUCCGCUCCACAGCCAAGAAUCUCAGAAGUCAAAUUCGGCCGAGGGACAAAAUGAUAACAACAAAUAUUUUGUACCGAUUUCUGCGCGGAGAGCAAAAACUUCGCAUAGUUUUCCAUCUAAAAUGCCUAAGAACAGACCUCUGCAAAUAUCAACGGAAUUACUCAGCUAUUACUCUCAGCUAAUUGAUACGAAAACACGCGAUCAUUUACCCAGUAAAGACCGUCGUGAUAAUCUCAAUUUAGUGCAGAUGACAGCAUUAGAAAGAUCGGCAACUGAGUUUGACCUUGGAAAACAAUCGAGAAAGAGAAUCCAAAAGACGUUGCGCUUCCAGGAACCCUCAGAUCAAGUUGGCAAAACGGAACGGAAGAUGAAGAUUUUGAGUCAACUGAACCUAAAGACGGAACAAAGUCAAGUAUUGACCCAAUAAAACAAAAAAUCACCAUACUAAAUGGACUGUAAAAUUUUUAAACCACAAACUGACCAUUUUAAUUUAGCUUC